AUGACAGAACUAUUAUCCAAUCAAUUUACUAGGAACUUGACUAUCCAAGAUUUCGAUGAAUGUAUUAUUCUAGAAAGUAAAGGUUUCCCACCAGAACAAAGAUGUUCACCAGAAAAUUGUCAAUAUCGAUUAUCUGUUGCAUCAAAAUUCUGUUUAGGAUUAUUUGAAACAACUCCACUUGGUGAUUCCAAAUUAAUUGGGCAUAUAUUGGCAACCAAAAUUUCUACUGAAAGAAUCACUGAAGCUGGAAUGGGUAAGAAAAUCGAAGGUGUUGAGAAUUCUGGUCACUUUGAAAAUUCAAGGAAUAUAGGUAUUCAUUCGGUUGUGAUUGACCCUGAAUAUAGAGGUGUUCAUCUUGGUCAUAUUUUCCUAACUAAAUAUAUCGAGUAUAUUCGUCAAUUUAAAUUGACAGAUAAAAUAUUAAUCAUUAAUAAAGAAUCUUUGAUACCAUUUUAUCUGAAGGUGGGAUUUGAAAAUUUAGGACUUACUGAUUGUCGUUUUGCUGGUUUAAUUGACUACGAUAUGGUUUACAAAUUGUCCUCAUAG